AUGUUUUCCGCCUUGUGCCUGGCACUGGCUCGCCCUCUCCUAGCCGAGGUGCGGCUUCCGCCGGUCGGCGCGGAGCUCCGGGAGGCGCCUGUGCUUCGCUCGGAAGCCGGAGUGGCGAAUGUCUCCUUGAGGCUGCGACCAGCCAAUGUCGUUGGCUCUGACAUGAGCUUUUCCACCCGCCUCUACAACGAGAUGAUCCCCGGGCCCACCAUCAUAGUGCAGCCCGGGGACCGGCUGUUGGUCAACGUCAUCAACGACCUGGAGGUCCCAGCGGGCAAGGCUGCCAACAACAGCUACCAGCUGCCCAACACCACCAACCUCCAUGUCCACGGUCUUCACGUCUCGCCCAGUGCGCCGGCAGACGAAGUCUUCUUCACCGUCGUUGGCCCAAAGCAGUCGAACGUGUACGACUACCAGAUCCCGGCGGACCAUUCUCCGGGCACCUACUGGGCGCAUCCGCACCACCACGGAUCUACGGUGAUGCAGAGCGGUGCCGGCGCCGCAUCGCCUCUGCUGGUGGCAGACCCCCCAGGCUUUCUGUCAGAGCAGCUGGCGUCCAUGCCGGACCACGUGCUGAUGCUGCAGAACAUCCCCCUUCCUUUGCUGGACACGGCGGCGAAGGCUUCGGAGGACCAGCUCUUCCAUGCCUCUUCAACCACAGACCUGUGGCUGGUGAACGGCGGGCAGCAGCCCACCCUGACGGUGAAGCCCAACAAGUGGCACCGGCUGCGCCUGGUGAUGGCUGGCGUGGCCAACUGGCUGUACCUGAGCUUCGGCCGCUGCGAGGUGGCCCUGUUGGCCAAGGACGGCAUCUACAUCGAGGACUUCCCCCGCUGGAUCCAGCGGGUGUCCCUGCCGCCGGGGGGCCGUGCCGAGGUGGUGGCCCGGUGCCCGAAAAGCAACGAGGACGAGGACUCCAGGGAGCAGGUGCUGUCCAGCGCCGCUCCUAGCGCGGGCGUGCGGAGCUACGUGGGGCCCCUCUUCAGCUUCCGCGUCGCCGGGGUCACCGAAAACGGCCGGGACCUGGAGCCCUGGAAGCCUCGCACCAGGCCUAGCUACCUGCAAGACUUGCGGGGUGAGCUGACGCAGCCAGACUGCUCCUGCAAGACUGCCAUGGGCUUGGGCGCCGGGACGCGCUCCAUCGACGGCCACAUCUUCCAGGGUGCCAAGGCCUACCUGCACCAGUGGCCCCGGGACGCCGUGGCUGAGCGGCACCUGUCCGGGCUGAACAAGCACAGUUUCCAUCAGCACACCUGGCCAUUCCAGCUGCAGGAGACGCCUGCUGGCAAUGAUCCAUUUUUCAAGGCUGGCGACUGGCACGACACCUACCAGAAUGUGCUGGAUGCGGAGGCGCGGGUGCGCUUCAGCACGGUGGACUUCUCCGGCGCGGAGGUGGUGCACUGCCACGCUCUCGCGCACUCGGAUCAGGGCAUGAUCGGCGCGGAGGUUGUCGCAGGCCGAGGCCCGGCAGCCUGCCACUGCGAUCUGCUCGGCGAGGCCAAGGAGACCGACCUUCUCGCAGAUCAGACCAGCCUCAGCAUCCUGACGGCGGCGGGCCUGCUUUGCCUGUCCAUGGUGGUCCUCGCCGCGCUCAUCGCUGGACAGGUGGUGCGCCAGGCGCGGCGCCUGGAGGGCAGCUAUGCGGCUUUGGCUGAGGGCCCCUGA